AUGAAUCUUGACAUCGACGAGUGGAUCCGGAUCCUGGAUUUACCCGCCAAGAAGGAGCCCCUAGUUUUGAGGCCAUCCAAGUCGAAGUUCCACCCAGCCGAACUGCGCCAAAUCGCUCGCCCUCAAGAGGCAGAUUUCGUAGAUCAGGAGCCGAUCCGCGAAGUGCCAAUGUCAACAGACCCGAAAUUCUGGCUUUGCCCAACGCUAAAUCUCGACGUCGAGCAGGAGAUCGACCUCGAGUGGAUCGACAACUCGGCCAAGUUCGCCGCCCUGUUGGCUCAAAUCCACGCUCGAAAUAUCCUCAAGAAGCGCCAGUUCAUCCUGAAGUCAAAGCUGCUGGAGAAUUUGGUCGCUCAUCUUCGGCAGGUGACGGCCGCGGCAAAAAUCGUGGCGAAAGCGGCGUUGCACCUUGGGGAGUUGCAGAUGCUUCAGGAUGCGGCCAAUGAUCCGACCAGUUUUUUGAGACUCCUGAAAUUUCUGCUCCUCUACGCGGACUACGGUGUUUUUGUGAGCCCGACAAGUGUAAAGGGGAUCGUUACGGAAUGGUUCGAGCUGAUCGACGAGUUGGAAGCUGGAGACUUCGUGGGAGGCUAUGUGCUUUUUGAGGAGCUUACUGGACAACUCCUGGCCUUAAUUCCAAAUGCUAAAAUCUCAGAGUUUUUCAACGGAAUUGAAAGCAGAGAACUCCUCGAGCUUUGCCUGAAAAAGCUGUUCGAAGUCGACUUUGAAAAGUUUAUCCAAAUCCUCGCGAAUCUCAAGCCAAAACGCGGAACGAUUUUUGGAGCGGAUUUCACAAGAAAAUUCGUCCAGCGAAUGAUCGGCUCGCCACCAUGCAUCGAGACGCUGAACUGCUUGCUAACGACGUGCACGCUGGAGCAGGAUUUGCCUGUUGCCCGCGAGCUGAUCGAGCAGAUCCUCGGCGAGUUGGGCAGGUUCGAGCUGCUGUACAAGGAUGUGUGGCUGUUCAUCCACGACGCCCCGAUGGCUGACAGUCUGACGGGGCUGCUCGACAAGUUGACGCUGCUGCUCGCCCAGGUGCCCUCCACCUCAACGUCAGAUCUGAACCAGACUCUGGCGAGAAUCGUUGCCCAGUGUAGCGAGUGGGGAACGUUACCGCCAGCUGACGCCAAAGAGGAAACCCGCCGAUGGGCCAGAAUCCAUGGUCUCGCCAUUGGAUGUCAAUUUUUGCAUCUGGGCCCUGAUUCGAAAAAAAUAGCUACAUUCACCUCAAAACUACAUCGUCAGAUAGCGGGGAUACUGUCCAAGAAUCCGGGAUUACGGCAACAGUGCUUGCUGAACAUCGUCGACGCGGCAGUCGAUUUGGGGAGUUGGAGGGAUGAAAAACAAUCCUCAAGAAGAAUCCGAAAUGCCCAGAUGCUGCUCCUGGCCACUGAUCUGCUACUGCAAUGGGUCAAUUCUGGAGGGGAGGUGGAACUUCCGGAAAUUUUGGAAGAAAUUGGGAGCGUGCUGGACCGCUUGAAGACGGUGAUCAUCGACGGGUGUUUUGAGAACGUGCAUAUGGUGGUGGUUGAAGAUAUCACCUCCAAACUCCUCCAAACCCUGGAAAUCACGCUCGAGACCGAUAUUGCUGAUCGCGUAGCUGAACAGAACGUCUCCACCUUGUCGGCGACCAUUUCAAAGCUUUUCCUUACCGUUUCGCAGCCCCAGAAUUUCAAGAAGCUGACCAACAUCCUGACGAAUUCGUUGAAGACACCAUUAGUGAACGGGCUGCUGAAGGAGCUGAUAGUAUUGCUGCGGAUUGAGCGGCCACAGUAUACCUUCAGUUUCCCGUCGACGACCAGCCAAUAUGACCGCUACUCAGCCCGUUUAUCCUUUGACCGGUUUCCGGUCCAAAUUACGGAAGGGUUGACGAUAUCGACAUGGAUUUGUCCGUCGGUCCCGAAAGAUCAAAAACUCCGUACACACAUCCUAUCACUCAGCUGUGAAAACCACGUCGAGCUGUCGCUCUAUCUGGUCGCUCAAAAUGCGUAUCAGAUUGAGGUGAAGUCGAGGUGCGACUUGUUGGCCAAGAAAUCCCUACGUCUACCGUACCCCAAAAAACUCGACGAACCAUGGCAGCACAUUACCCUCGGGAUGAGCUACCAAACAUCCGGUGGAAAUCUUCUAAAAGUCCAGGCAACCGUCGGCACCUCUUACUAUCUGAAUGAUGUCACAACGGCUCCGAGGUUAUCGUUGAUAGGAGAUAAAGGUUCUACAAAUAUCGCAGUGCUGCUCGGAGAAGCGGUUUUUGAGGGGCGUCCGGUUGGGCCGCACUACGAGUUGACCAAUAUUUUUGGGUUUAAAGGUAUGCUGAGCCCGUCCUCAAUCUUCACGCUCGCGGCCCUGGGCCCAUCCCUACGGUCUCUCUGCUCGGCCGCCUCAAAUCGGGUUGGCCUGUGCCCGGCCAGGGUUCUGAAACCAGCACUGUUAAGGAGGCACUAUACAAGACCCUACAUCGAGGCAGCCCUGGCUGAUAGUGACUUGAAGCUCAAGUUGUUACAGAGAAGUGUUCACUUUUUCCUACUCUGCGAGACGCCAAACUCAUUUCAAGUGGUCGGAAAAUCAUCUACAGUGCAGGAAACAGAUCCGUUGGCGCUUAACAAGAGAAUACUACUGCCGGUACCGUACUCCACAAAGAUGAUGGCCAAUCAGAAGGCAACCCUUGACGAAGCCAUGGAGGUUGCCGGCGGACUAGCCACCUUUGUGUCUCUUUAUGCAUUGGCCGUCGAUGCUCAUGCUCGAGGCAUCGGCCAUCCCGAGACUCAGCUGCUGGCUCUACGACUGCUUUUGGUAUAUUCCAGGAGAUGGAGUUCCCAGACCUGCGAGGAGAUCCCGAGGAUCAAGGACCUGUUGUCGAGGAUACUGUUUGCCGGGGCAUUCUGCUCCCCGAAACCUGGGGAUACGCAACUCCCAACGGCUUUUCCUGAGGACGAGGAGCUGGACACCGACCCAAACUCCCGGAAUCCAGAGACGAUCUCUGAGAUCUUCCUUCAAUAUUGCUUCCGGUGGGAUGCUGAUGGGGAGAAGACUUCAAUAAUUCUGGAGCCGGAGCUUUUGCUGGCGCUCGUCGAGCGGCCGUUGCUUUGGGUGGGGGAGCAUAAAAUACGUUUCUGGCUGGAACUCGUGGACGGAAUCCGGGAGUCGCUCUACGAUCCCCAAUUCUCCGAGUUCAACCUCGUCCAAUGGAAAUAUGUUGAUCUGUUACAUCGCCUCUUAUUGGCCCUCCACGAACUCUCCGCCCUCACGUUGUGCUGCUACCAGUGCGCGGCCCUAUUUUCGGAGGGUGUCACGAGGAUCGUGCCGUACAUUACGGACAUCCUUAUCGGGGAUCAGGCUCACAAUGUUGCUAUCGAGUCCCUGUGGAUUUUUAUCCUUCACUCCCAUCCGCCAGAAAAGACGUUCAUCAAGAACACAAUCACGUCUUAUCACGAUUGGCUGAGAGCAGACCUUCCCUCCGCCUCCGAGGAAUUUCCAUAUCCCGUCUAUUCGACAGAACUCUGCGAGACGUUGAACAAGUACUACGACGAGUUCUGCACGGCAUCCGAGAAUCGGAUACAAAACCUCUGGGAGAAUGAGAUUGACAUUGUACAGCUGCGGAAAAUGUAUGACGUGGGGAAUCCGAGAUCCAGGGAUGAGAACGAACCGGCUAGCCCUUCAUUUACACCUCGAAAUCGACAAGAACGUCCACCGGAACAGCCCAGUGUCAAUUAUUUGAGGGCCGCGCUGAUCGAACAACUAGUCUCUGUCCUCCGCUGUGGCCCGGAUCAGCUCAUCUACGGUCUACUCCACGACACCAUUGGGUGGCAAUCGAUAAUCGUUCUCCUCAAUCGUCAACGAAAUCAAGCCGUUCAAGCGGCAGUUAUGCGACUGGUCGAGUGCUUUUUGCAACGCUCGCCCGACUUCACGAAGGCAAUGUUCAUAAAAUUCUGCGGUGGUCCCUUGCUGGCUAACCAGCUGCGAGGCCACGAGAUGAGCGAGCGGAUCGCGGACGCGGCGUUCGGGAUGAUGAUCGGCGAGCCAGUGCUCAUCUCCCAUGGACUCGACGGAGAGCUCCUCGCCCGUCUCGAGGUCAAUCAGCUGAACUGUGAAUCGACGUACAUUGUACUUGCCGUACUCGCCGGGUCCACUCACGAUAUCUCUGUUUUUGCAAGGGUCUCAAACUCCGUGGCCAAGGUAUUUGAAUACAAUUCCCAGCUCCAAGCCGCAUUUAUCGAUAACGGGAUUGUUGAUGUGUUGGUGGAAUGCUUGAGGAAGAUAGCCCUAUCCCACGACCAUGACCCUGAGUAUCGAUACGGAAUGAGGGAUAUUUGGAAGACCCUGGCCCAAAAGGUGUUGGAUGCCGGGAUACUUUACAGUGACGAGCGGGUGUACAUCGGAUGCCGACAGUUAAUCGUGCUCAUCACGCUGCUCGAUCAGCAGUUUGGGGCCGACUGGAGGAGCCCCUCCAGGGCAAUACUCCUUGACGGUACCUCACCCACCGCCGCGUACGCUGGCGGCCAGUUCGCCGAGUUCAAGCAGCGCAUGACCAAACUGGGAAUUGUCGCCAAAAACAUCCUAAAACCCCGAUACAAGCGUCGCGAGAAGCCGGCCGGCCUCGCCCACCCGCACCGCAUCAGCGAGAGGAUGAUCUUCGGGCUGGACAUGUGCCUGGCCGUGUUCUCCUACUUUGAGACGAUGGACACCGAGACCAGGGAGGAGGCAGUGUUGCUCAGGAACUACUUGACGCUGCUGAUCACGGCAUUUUCGGCUGAGGGCUCGAUGCGUGAGAUGUGGAAAUCGUGUACCUCGCAGGCCAAUUCUCGUGCCAGAAAAGCCCUGUCCCAGCUUGCCGCCUUCGUCAUCUACCCAUCACUUGAGUAUCGGAAUCGCUGGCUGGACCAAGGCCUUGGUCCAGAACGUGAAGCGGAAAAGUGGAUGUUCCGGAAACGGGCCAUAAUCCUGUCGGCCUUGGUCAAAGAUUUGAGUGGGGACGCCAAACCUCAACUUCGCGGACUUUUGAGAGCAUCAAUGGACGAUACCUACACGAUGUGCCUUGGCAUCAUCGAUCUGGCGCUGUUGAGCGAGGGGGCUUCCGAAUCGACGCUACGGGACUGUUCCGAUAUCCAGUCUGCCAUCAAGGAUUUGAAUGAGGACUCGCCGUUCGACUUUUUCAAGGAUUCACGCGGAGAAGCCCUGAAAAAUUUCGCGGACAACGAGAAGCUCGCGGCGUUCAACUACGAGAAUGAACGCGGAAAGCUGAUGAACGUGUUGAAGCUGGAAGCGGAUGCUAUCAAGAAUGUAGAUGCGGAAAUCUCAGCAGCCUUAGCGAUGGUGGCCAUGAAACUGACGACGGAAGUGGUGGAACAGACGACAGCUUCACGGAAGAGCCUGGUUGAGGCCCCGCGCGAGUUGAUCCGAAAUUUGCAUACGGCCGAGGAUUUGUUGCUGCAUUUUGAGGGCCGUCUCUUCCACCCGCUUGCACCACUUCACAACCCUCAAAAUUGGCCGAAUGGCUUCCAACUGGAUACCAUUGAGGGGCCAAAUCGAGAAAGGAGACGCCUAGUACCGGCAGAUUAUGAGGUCCAAGAUCAAUAUUUUCGAGUCGCACCAGCCGGCCGAGCGUUGAGACCGAAUUUUGAGGCUAUUCUGGCUUCCGGUUCAUUCCGGCGACGGCGAGACGAACUGACCGUCAUCGACUCGUACAAGUAUCAUUGUGAUGUGGUUGAAGUGAGGGGAUACGCCGAGUGCGAGGGAGACCUCGUCGUGGCCGAGCAGCACGUUCACUUGCUGCCACGAAAAACCCGUACAACACAUAAACAGCUUCCCCUGGCGCAUGGCGAGGGAUUCCGGAUACCGUAUACCCAGAUCACGGAGAUUUGGGAAAGAAAAUACCUACUGCGCGACAUUGCCUUCGAGAUCUUCGUCAAGGACGGCCCGGCACGGUUGAUUGUUUUUGAGAAUACAAAGGUGCGGUCAACGUUCCAAGAAUGGUUGGCGCAAAUCGGGUUCGGACACGUUUUUCCGGAUCCCAAGAAAACGCUGCAGAUCGCGACGGAGCAGUGGCGUCACGGUGUUCUCAACAAUUUUGGAUACCUGAUGUUGCUGAACAAGAUCGCCGGCCGGACGUACAACGACUUGAUGCAGUAUCCAGUCUUUCCAUUUGUCCUCUCCCAAUACACGAUGGCGUCGCUGGACCUGGCGAAUCCAAGCAAUUACCGAAAUUUCACCCGCCCGAUGGCCAUCCAGGACCGGACGAAAGAAAACUACUACGCGCAGCAAUAUGCACAGCUUGAAGAGGCCGAUCUGGGCGAGACCCUACAACAUGGGCCUUAUCACUACGGCAGCCACUACAGCAACAGCGGGAUCGUCUCCCAUUUUCUGGUCCGGUUGAUGCCGUUUACAAAAAUGGCGCUGGAAUAUCAGGACGGUCGCUUCGACCUGCCGGAUCGGUUGUUCAACAGCAUCGAAUCUGUGUGGAGGCUGUCGAGCAGUGAGAGUACGACUGACUUUAAGGAGCUCAUCCCCGAGUUCUUCUACUUCCCCGAAUUCCUCCAAAAUCGUCACAAUCUGAAUCUCGGGGUUCGGCAGAGCUAUGAGGAGGUGAACGACGUCAUGCUCCCACCAUGGGUCCCCUCAAACGCCUUCCGGCUCUUCACCCUUAUCAAUCGACAGGCCCUAGAAUCGGCAUACGUCGUCGCGAAUCUCCACCAUUGGAUCGAUUUGAUUUUUGGGUUCAAGCAGAAUGGGAAAGCGGCAAAGGAGGCGAUGAAUGUUUUCCAUCCACUGACCCACAUGGCCAACAUUGCACAGGCCGACAUGGGCGAUGAGGUGGACCGAGGAGCACGAGCUACGAUAAUUCGGACGUACGGCCAGAUGCCGACUCAACUUUUCAACGCCCCACACCAACCCCACCUAACCCCCAGCGAGCAAAAAGGCGAGAAAAUCAACGGUAUCCCGUGUGCUUCCGUGGACAAUAUACGCUGGGGAGAAUAUGUGGGCAGUCCGGUACUCGGGCAAUGCGUAGCAUUCUGGAAGCAUCGAGCGACGAGGGAUCGGAUAUCGUGCUUGAGCCUGUUGCCCGACAAUAUUGUCGUCGGGUGUGGGAGUAAUAUGAUUGUUGCGACAACGACGGCAAGGGAUUUGAAAGCUGCAACAGUUGUCGGUAUCUUCUGUCUUCCCACCCCUUCAUCCGGUCUAAUCCGCUUCCGCAUCCACCUCAUCGACAAGCACAUCCAACCCCAGCAGGCCUGGAUCAACGCCAUUGAUGUCGGCGCCAGAACGGUCACCGCCAUGGCUUAUUCCAACUUUGGCCUACUCUUCCUCGGCUUUGCCAGCGGCGUCAUUUCGGUGUACAACGUACGCUUUGACGACGAGGGUCUUCACGAAAUGUCACUACGAGGCCAACUCUUGGCCCACUCGAACGCGAUUCACACAAUUUUCGUGUGCGACGAAUUCUCGUCGAUAAUUACGGGAUGCUCCGCCGGACGGGUGGUACUUUGGGACCGGAAUGGCUUGAGCUUCGUCCGCUGCCUCACCCAACCUGGGCCUCCGUUGAGUGCCAUGACGAUGAGUCGAGUAUCCGGUGACAUUGCCAUAGUCACGCCCACUCAGGAGGGCAGCCGUGUACAGCUACUUUCGAUAAACGGUGACAUCAUCGGGACGGCAGAAUUGGACUGCAUCGUCACGUCGAUCACCAUCAGCGAAUUACCAGAGGGAACUGCCGUUAAUGCGCUGCUAUGCGGAUGUUCGGAUGGGAUUAUACGCGUCAUCGACCUGUGGGGAGUACGCGAAUUUGGGAAAAUCAGCAAUCCAGCCGAAAACCUGGGUUCCGCCGGUGACCCCGUAAUAGCUACAGUAUUCUCCGCAAAUCAUCGCCGUCUAUUUGUCGCCCGGCAAUCCGGAAAUGUCGUCGCGAUGAGAUCCGAACGCGACAAUGCCCUCUCAAAGACGGUCUCCUUCAUGCAUAUCACCGCCUAUCGGGACCCACUC